UUUCUUAUCCUUCACGGAGGAAGAGAAGAGAGGAAAGGGAAAAAGGCUCUAUCUUUCUAGGGGUUUUACUUCCCCUAGAAGAUUUCUCUGUUUUUUUCCCGGAAAAUUCUUCUCUUUCUCCAGUGCUUGACCCAAGGACUGCUUCAUCUUUGUUUAUCUGCAAAAUAUUUACAUCUUUUUUAUUCCUUUGCCUGUUUUUUUGGUAGAUAAACAAUGGAGGAUGACUAUUAUGUGAGCAGCGACGAUGACUAUUACGACGAGGAUGAUGAUCGCAACAAUAUGGAGCUGUUGGAAUACGUUGAGAAUUAUGAGAGUCUCAGGCCUGAGGCUCCGACGAGUAAGGUUAUUUCAAAAGAAUCUCUCUUGGCUGCACAGAGGGAUGACUUGCAAAGGGUAAUGGAUGUGUUAUCAUUGAAAGAAUACCACGCCCGAACCUUGCUCAUCCAUUAUCGUUGGGAUGUUGACAAAGUGCUUGCAGUGCUUGUAGAGAGGGGGAAAGAUAGAUUAUAUGCCGAAGCAGGUGUGACUGUGGUAGAGGAUGACAAUCUUGUCUCAUCACAGUUUUCAUCUGAGGUUAUGUGUGGUAUUUGCAUGGACGAGAUUCCUUCUGAUCAGGUGACAAUAAUGGAUUGCGGUCACUACUUCUGCAACUAUUGUUGGACAGAGCAUUUUAUUGUGAAAAUAAAUGACGGUCAGAGUAGGCGCAUUAAAUGCAUGGCACACAAGUGCAAUGCUAUUUGCGAUGAAGCAAUAAUCAGAAAUCUAGUCAGUGCAAGGGAUCCUAAUCUGGCAGAGAAAUUUGAGCGUUUCCUUCUGGAAUCAUAUAUUGAGGAUAAUAGAAAGGUGAAGUGGUGCCCAAGUGUUCCCCAUUGUGGAAAUGCUAUACGUAUUGAGGAUGAUGAAUUAUUAUGUGAGGUUGAAUGUGCAUGUGGGCUGCAAUUCUGUUUUAAAUGCUUAUCUAAAGCACACUCCCCUUGUUCAUGCCGAAUGUGGGAACUAUGGUGUCAGAAGUGCCAAGAUGAAUCAGUGACUGUUAAUUAUAUUGCAGUCAAUACGAAAUCUUGCCCAAAAUGUUACAAGCUGGUUGAAAAAAAUGGAGGAUGCAAUCUAGUUAUCUGUGUCUGUGGACAACCAUUUUGUUGGCUCUGUGGUGCACCAACUGGUUCGGAUCAUACAUGGGAUUCCAUCACGGGACACAGUUGUGGACGAUUCAAAGAAGACGAGGAUAUGAAACUUGAGCUGGCCAAGAGGGACCUAUUCCGUUACACUCACUACUUCAACCGUUAUCAAGCUCAUACAGAUUCUCUUAAGCUUGAAUCUGCACUGAAUAAAAGCAUACAAGAAAAGAUAUCACGUUUGGAAGAAAAGGAAUUGACGUUUAAAGAUUUAAGCUGGGCAACCAAAGCUCUCUACAGACUCUUCAGGUCGAGGCAGAUUAUUUCAUAUUCCUACCCAUUUGCAUAUCACAUGUUUGGUGAUUUAUUCGAGAAUGAAAUGACAGCGGAAGAAAGGACAAUAAAACAAAAUUUAUUUGAGGACCAGCAGCAGCAGCUUGAGGCAAAUAUGGAGAAGCUUUCUUUGUUUACGGAGGAGCCUUUUCAUGAAUAUAAACAUGAACAAAUUAUGGAAUUGAGAAUGAGGAUCUUGAAUCUUUCUACGCUUACUGAUAAGCUCUGCGAAAAAUUGUAUGAUUGCAUUGAGAAUGAUUUGCUGGGUUCCCUCCAGUGGACAAGACACAGUAUUGCUCCUUACAAUUCCAAUGGCGUGGAGAAAGCUUCAGAACUUAUGGUUUCUAGGGACACCACCACCUCCAACUAUGAAAUUGAUUUGGCCACCAAUGUUGACUAGAAGAGAACUUGGAGAUAAAUAACAACAGGUCUCUCAGAAGCUGCUGAAGCAUAUGCAUAGAGGAGUAACAUAACAGAAUGCCUGAAAAUGUGAUCUAUAAGAGGUGGUUUCGCAGUGGUGCUCAUAGCGUAUAUGUAUCCUUGCAUUAGGGUGGUCUGUUCUCGUUACCAACUUAAUUUUGUCUACAGAAUCACAUUUAACCCCAUACCUUAGGAACUAAGCUAUCUUUUGAUCAGAUUUUUUGAUUUUUUGAACUUAAUAACCUCGCAUCUUUUCUCAGUUGUUUUCCAUGAAAGUUGCUGUACAUAGCCUAUCUAGAGGUCCAUGUGCUGAUGCUACAGAUUGUAUUCAUUUUUCAGAAAUGAAAUAAUGACUUUAUACAUCACACAAACAGAGAUGUCUUCUCUCUUUUCCCU